UGUUGCGUCCUCUGUGUGUGAUGAGCUGCAGCAUCGCCAGCCUCGGUGCAGACGGGCACAGAACAGCUUGAUCUAACUGGCAGCCGUGGGCACAUGGCACACUCGCCUCUGGAGUCCCUCAGCAGCUCAGAUGUUCUCUGUCCUUCUGUAUAAGUGAUGGGCAGGGGAUUUGGGGAGUGUGCCAGUCACUGCUGGGAUUUCGUGUCCCAUGCCAACACCCCCGCUCUGCUGAGCGUUUCUGCCCACUUGAUGGCACUUCUUGCUUUGUCCCCAGGGUUUGUUUUUAUUUUUUUCUUUUCUUUGCAUAUACGUCAUGUGACCCCGGGCACCAAAAUGGGCGCAACUCGUCACCAAGCUCGCUGCAGUCGGCCUUCUCUGAUUGACGUUUUCACAUCUGCUGACUCCUCUGGAGGCCUAACCUUGAAGGCUUCUGCCCCCCGUGCCCCCCAGUAUGUAAGCUGUCUGGUCAUUCAGACGCGUCCUGGAAACGGAUUUUCUCCUGAGGCCUCUUCCCUCUUCCGCUGAAGAUGCCCUCGUAAACCUCUCAUGCUUCUCGUGCUGCACACUUCCUCCCAGUGCUUUGGGUCAUCGUGAUUCUUCCUCCGCCACCAAAAGUGACGAGCAGCACCGUGUGUGACUGGCACCAUCGGCUAAGGGAGUUCUGCUUGCAGCCAUGCCGCUUGGUCUUGGACGUCGGAAAAAAGCACCCCUGGUGGAGAACGAGGAGGCCGAGCCGAUUCGGGCCGGAAUGACUUUGGAGGGCCUUGGCGAGAGCGCCCAGGGAGGGCUGGAUCUGCAGCCCGGGUUGCCCCCCCCACCCCCUAACCUCCGGCCCCGGCUGGUUUUCCACACGCAGCUCGCCCACGGCAGUCCUACCGGCCGGAUCGAGGGUUUCAGCAACGUCCGCGAGCUCUACUGCAAGAUCGGAGAGGCCUUUGGCAUCGCGUCUAGUGAGGUGAUGUUCUGCACCCUCAACACUCACAAGGUUGACAUGGACAAGCUGCUCGGCGGCCAGAUAGGCCUCGAGGAUUUCAUCUUUGCCCACAUCAAGGGGCAGCGAAAGGAGGUGGACGUGUUCAAAAGUGAAGACGCGCUGGGGCUCACCAUCACUGACAACGGAGCUGGCUACGCCUUCAUCAAGAGAAUCAAGGAAGGGAGCAUCAUUGACCGAAUUCAGGUGAUCAGUGUGGGCGAUAUGAUCGAGUCCAUAAACGGCCACAGCCUGAUCGGCUGCCGUCACUACGAGGUGGCGAAGAUGCUGAAGGAGCUGCCCAAGGGGAAGGACUUCUGCGUGAAGCUGGUGGAGCCAAUGAAGGCCUUUGACAUGAUUAGCCAGCGGUCAGGGAGCGCGAGGUCCGCUUCAGCAGCUCAGCUUGGCACAGGCCGUGGGACACUGCGGCUCCGCUCGAAGGGACCUGCCACGGUGGAGGAGCUGCCCUCAGCUUUUGAAGAGAAGGCCAUUGAGAAGGUGGAUGACCUCCUGGAAAGUUACAUGGGAAUCCGGGACAGUGAGCUGGCUGCCACAAUGGUGGAACUGGGCAAAGACAAGAAGAACCCCGACGAGUUUGCUGAAGCCCUGGAUGAGACGCUGGGAGACUUUGCCUUUCCGGAUGAAUUUGUCUUUGACGUGUGGGGCGCCAUUGGGGAUGCCAAGGUGGGGCGCCUGUAGCUCUGGCCAGGCCAGGGCAGGGCAGGGCGCUUGGCGGGAUCCUUCCGCCUUGGACGUGACUGGGCGUGGAGACGCUGCGGCUUUCUCUUGGACACGUCUGCUGCGCCCCCCUCGUCCCCGCUCGGCCGUCAUGUGCAGACGACUACUGAAAGUGACUCGAGGCCGAUUGGCCGAGCGAGGGCUGGAGACGGGGGGCUCGCUGCUUACCUCUGUGACCUGUCGAUUGUUGAGUGGGUCUGUGAGCCACCUGAGUGCCCCGUGGCCAUCCCGUCCCUAAUCAUGUAGUAAGUAAGUGGCCUCUGGUUGGCCUUUUUAAUCCGAUUUGCUGUCCCUGUCGGGGGUUUCGUCCCCCCUGACCUGCGGCUUUUUCCAGUUGGCGGGCCGCUGCACAUUUUAACACGGAGAGGCAGUAAGAGUUGGCACAUGAGGACGUGUGAAUGCGGCGCCUCGCCACCCAUUUCUGCUUUUAUCGUCUUACUGUGAAGCUUUGAACUGUUGAUGAGUGCCGCUGAUUGGCGCUUCUUUUUUAAUGCCCCCCCAUGUCCGUCCCCCCACCCCCAUCGUUCUCAAGCUCCACAUGUUCUGCUUUAUCUAUGGCCGCCACUACUUAAAUCGUACCUCAGUGAUGGCACCGUAUGCCCGGUGGUUUAAUGUACACAAUAAGAAAGAAUGUGGGGGUCUGAGCGUGGAGCCAGUCCCACUGUUAGUUAGUCCUGGGGGGCCGCAGGAUACCACAGCUGCUGUUCAGCACGUUUCAGACGGGCUGCCAAUGAUGAGAGGCGCCGGGCACUUCGGGGAUUUCUCUGGAAUGUUCCUCUUAAGGCUUUCAGACAUAAACGGGGUGUUUGAAGGAAGGGCGGGAUUUGUAGAGCGCCCCCAUGUGGCCAAGGGGCAGCAUUGGCAUCGAGGGUGGCAUGCCUGGUGGUGACAUGUCGUCUGAGCCGAAUGGCUCUUAAUCAGUUGUGCCACGGAGCAGGAGCUUUGUGUCCUUGGCACCAGACAAACGUGCCCCAUGGCCCGUGCCCGUGCAUGUGACUGAGGCAGCUGGUUGCCCUUUGUGUUUUUAGGGACACGUUAGUGUCAUGUGUUGCGUGUGCUGUCGUCAUGUGACACUGGUGUUUGUUUUCUUUUGAAGAUGGCGUCUGGUCACCUGACUCCUUCCUGCCCACCUGUGGUGACAGUCACUAUGGUGUCUGGACUGGGGUCAAUGGCUUUGGUGUCCUGCAGCUUUAGAAAGGAUGUUGGGCGCUGUGCCACAGCACGCAUCAGUGGGCACGUGAUGGCUGGGUUCACUUUAGUUUACAUGUGCCUUUCUGAAGUCGCGUGGCAGAAUACGAGAUGCGUAGCCCUCGGGCGUGCUGUGGUCCGGAGUGGGCACUGCGGGUGGGGGGGGCUCUGUAACACAGUGAGAAUGUCCACUUUAGGGUUUUUCACGUGGCACACUUUUCUACGGAGUGCUCUUUAUAUUUCUAACAAUGAUGUCGCUUUCUAUUUCCACAUUAAACGAGACCUAGUUCACCUGGACUUGGCUUUUUACCUUCA